AACUUUAAAACUCACAUGGAAAGAAUACCAGUUCCUGCGCGUUUUCCUGCCGUAAGACCUUUUAGAAAUCGCAGCUUCACCGAUUUGCAGAUGCGUGAGAUUGCCCGCGAAAACAAUAUUUUGGCACGAAAGUUAGUUGCUUUGAAGCCAAAAAAAUAUAAUAAUGCGUACCAACAGAUGGUGCCACGCAAAAUAAUUGCGCCCUCGCUGACCACUCGUAAAAAGCAGCAGCAACAGAUCGAUUUCGAGAACAAUAUUCUGAAGGGCAAAUUGAUGGCUAUUGGACGUCGUAAACCACUUUUUUAAGUAUUUGUUUUGUAAUUUUUUUAAUGUAUAUUUUUUAUAUUACUUUUUUUGGCUAUAUAAGCUUGAGUCUAUUAAUAAUAAAUUAUAAUGAAGUGCUGUUUGAUAGAAAGAAUAUA